CGGGCCGACCCCGCCCGCCGGCCCCCAGCCUCCCGCGGCCUUGGCUCUGACCUUGGGGCCUCGUUCCCGCCGCCCCGGGUCGAGCAGCCAUUCAUUCGGCGGCCGCCACGGGGAGGGCCGGGGCCCGGCACCCCGGGGCCGCAGGGAAGGCCGGGCAAGGGCCCAGGCCCCGCAGGUGGGGCGGGGGCGGAGGCGGCGUCGGAUGACGGCCCCGGGUCUGGCACGAGGAACUGGGCGGUGGGAAAUGCCAUCGGUCCAGGUGGCCAUGGAGGAGCUCCUGAGCACCAUGGCCCGGCGCCCGCGGAGCAGCCGUGCGUGGCGCUUUGUCCUGAGCGCCGCCCGCCGCGACGCCGACUCCCGCGCGGUGGCUCUGGCCGGGCCCGCCAGCUGGGGCUACGACUCUGACGGGCAGCACAGCGACUCUGACUCGGAGCCCGAGUAUGCAGCCCUGCCACCGUCCAUCCCCAGCGCCGUGCCUGUGACCGGGGAGUCCUUCUGUGACUGUGACGGGCAGAGUGAGGCACCCUUCUGCAGUGGCCUGCAUGCUGCCCACCGGGGCACGGACUGCCGCUGCGGCGAGGAGGAUGAGUACUUUGACUGGGUGUGGGAUGACUUGAACAAGUCCUCGGCCACGCUGCUGAGCUGCGACAACCGGAAGGUCAGCUUCCACAUGGAGUACAGCUGUGGCACCGCAGCCAUCCGGGGCACCAAGGAGCUGGGCGAGGGCCAGCACUUCUGGGAGAUCAAGAUGACCUCGCCCGUCUAUGGCACCGACAUGAUGGUGGGCAUCGGGACGUCAGACGUGGACCUGGACAAGUACCACCACACUUUCUGCAGCCUGCUGGGCAGAGACGAGGACAGCUGGGGUCUCUCCUACACAGGACUCCUGCAUCACAAGGGUGACAAGACAAGCUUCUCCUCAAGGUUCGGCCAGGGCUCCAUCAUUGGCGUGCACCUGGACACCUGGCACGGGACUCUGACCUUCUUCAAGAACCGGAAGUGCAUAGGAGUGGCAGCUACCCAGCUGCAGAACAGGAAGUUCUACCCGAUGGUGUGCUCCACGGCCGCCAAGAGCAGCAUGAAGGUGAUUCGCUCAUGCGUCAGCUCCACUUCCCUGCAGUACCUGUGCUGCUACCGCCUACGCCAGCUGCGACCCGACUCUGGGGACACGCUCGAGGGCCUGCCCCUGCCUCCCGGCCUCAAGCAGCUGCUGCACCACAAGCUGGGCUGGGUCCUGAGCAUGAGCUGUGGCCGCCACCAGCCCCCGGCCUCCGCCCCCAGCACCUCUGAGGCCAGGCGCUGCCAGCAGAAACGCUGCCGAAGGACCUGACUUUCAGAGUGCAGAUGUUCCCUGCCUUUCAUUCCUGCUCCCGGGCUCACGAGAGGGAGGAGUGGGGCUGGGGACUCCCAGACUGCCCCUCCUCUGCGGCUGGCACGCCUGGCUCCAUGGCCCUGUGACCGAGAACCCUGUUAUAGUUCAGAACCUUGGUCGUCAGUAGGGAUUAGGGACUCCAGGACGCUCCGCCUGGGCCCUCCGGACUUGGGCCUUGGGCUGUGGGCCUGGGUGCCACGUGGGGAAUCUGCAGAAAAGGGGGCGAGGCCUUUUACCCACUUUGCAUGUUGCCAGCUGCACCCCUCCUGCCAGGCCACGGUGAGCAGAAUAAACCAUUGACUUUGCCUCA